AUGACAGACGACGUUGAAGAGAGACGGAAAUCGUCUUUCAAGCGUCGGUUUUCCCUGGAUAUUAUGAGAACAGCACCAAAGUUGUUCUUUAGGCGAACCUCAAACAUCGACUCUCAGGUGAUGACGUUAAAAGUAUCGGAUUUUGGAGACGAUUCGUUACAAAGAUCGCCGGUAUCCAGCCCACUUCCUGUUUCAGCCAAAAAAGAAAAGGUGUUUGGAGUAUUGCUUUUGGAAAAUAAUACCUAUAAAGUGCUGAAUGGAGAAGAUGAACGCCAUUUAAACCAGUUAUUGAUACAAGCUCAUGAAGACUAUACAGUGGUCAGCUAUAGAUUGAUCAUACAAAAUAUUAGAUAUACUUUUAGAAUAGAACCUAUUAGAAAGAGACAAGGCAGCUUAUCACCCAGACUUGAUGUCACUUUUAGUUUUGCAGAAGAUAGAAGAAUAGAUAUAUUAUUAGAAUGGUUAAAUUCAGAAACAGAUAGUUGUCAGUUCUUACACAACCUGGUUGAGUCUUAUGUUAAGCCACUAAGACAAUUACCUUCACUAACUGAUGAAGACCAUGAAGUGAUAUUUAAAGAUGUUGAACAGUUAUUAAAAGCAACCUUAGAUCUAGUACAAAAGAUGCAAUGUUUAUGUAGUAAUUGGAAUGAUUCAGAUAAUAGUGUUGGUUGUUUAUUUUCUGAAGUUAUAGAUAGUUAUAAUACUUAUGUUACCAAUUAUCCUAAAUAUAUUAGGAGAUUGGAGGCAAAGAUGAAGUUUGAUCAAUCUUUUAGUCAAUUUUGUCAAGGACAAGAAUCUCGAGGAAAAUUACCUUUAGAGACUUUAUUAUAUUUACCGAUGUUAGGUUCAAUGACAUGCAAAAAUUGA